CGGGGCGGGCGCGGACUGGCGGCGCGGAGCAGGAUGCUGAAGCUGGCCGCGGGCCUGCUGCUGGCGGCCGCCGUGGCGCUGCUGCUGGACUGGUACGCGCCGGCCGCGUCUUCGGCGCCGGCCGGUCUGCGCCGCCAGCGGGCCCCUCGGCCUGCCCCCGGGGCGGAUGCCGCCAACCUGCUGUGGGCGGUGCAGGUGUCAGAUAUCCAUAUAAGUAGAUUUCAGGAUCCCACCCGAGCUUCUGACUUGGAAAAAUUCUGCUCCGAAACAAUCGAUAUAAUUCAACCAGCAUUUGUUCUUGCAACAGGUGACUUGACAGAUGCUAAGACAAGAGAUAAACUGGGAUCUGAGCAGGUAGAGGAAGAGUGGAGAAUUUACCAAUCAGUCCUGAAGAGAUCAAGGGUCAGGGAAAAAACUAAGUGGAUAGACAUCAAAGGCAACCAUGAUUCAUUCAACAUUCCACGCCUGGAUAGCAUUCAGAAUUACUACAGGAAGUACUCUGCCUGGAGGAAAGAUGGCUCUUUCCAUUAUGUCCACACCACCUCAUUUGGGAGCUAUUCAUUCAUCUGCGUGGAUGCCACACUCAGCCCAGGCCCGAAGAGACCCUAUAAUUUCUUUGGGAUUUUAAAUACGAAUCAAAUGCAAGAGCUCUCUGUGAUGGCCACAGAAAGUCUUCGCAGCAAUCAUACUGUCUGGUUUGGCCACUAUCCCACCUCAACAAUCAUAUCCCCAGCCCCAGGAAUACGAGCAUUAAUGAAUUCUGCCACAGCUUAUCUAUGUGGACAUCUUCAUACAAUGGGUGGACUGAUGCCAGCCUUGUAUAGUCAACACCGCGGUGGCACUCUGGAACUGGAAUUAGGAGACUGGAAGGAUAAUAGGAGGUACCGGAUCCUUGCAUUUGAUCAUGACCUCUUUAGUUUCAUAGAUCUCACCUUUGAAGAAUGGCCUGCUGUUCUCAUCACCAAUCCCAAAUCUUUCCUUUACAGCAGUUCUUUUCAUGAACCACUAGUAAAAAUUCUUUACUCCACUCAUAUCAGGAUUCUGGCCUUCUCUCCUGCUGCCAUUACUUCUGUCAAAGUCGAUAUAGAUGGAGUUCACUUGGGGAAUGCUCAUCAGGCAUCUGGCCCUCUCUAUGUAUUGAAGUGGAGCCCACAAAACUAUAGUGAAGGGACCCAUCAAAUAGAUGUGACGGUCCAGGAUGCUUCUGGAAGAAUUAUCACACAGGGUCAUAUAUUUUCUAUGGAAGAAAACCAUCCUCUUAGAUUUGGCUUUUGGCCAUCUGUUAUUCUUCUUACUGACCACUAUGUUCUAGCUCGUACACUCUUUGGACUGAUUGUGCUGAUUCAGAUUGCCUUGCUCGUUGUUUUCAGAUACCUCCAAAAACCAGUACUUAAAGAAAAGCCAGGACUACUGGGUGUGACCUCAUUUUCCCUUCAUGUCUUCAGUAAAAUAAAUGCCUUCUAUUACUCAGUUUUGGUUCUGAAUUUAUACACUGUUCUCGGACCAUGGUUCAUUGGCGAACUGAUAGAUGGCCAAGUGGGGGCCUGUUUUUCCUUUGGGGUGUUUGUUGGUGGUUCCUUCUUACGGGGUGGUCUCACAUAUGUGGUUGGCAUUUUACAGAUGUUGUUUUUCAACGUGCCAUUAAUGGCGUAUCUGUGCUGGUGCCUUUUCCUGCGGUGCAAAGGUCACAGUUUCUGUUCUCACAUCCGUCACGUCCGACGCCUCUUGGUUGUGCUUAUUCAUCUGGCAAUGGCACUCCUGCUGGCCUGGCAGGUCUAUUCUUGCUAUUUCUUGCAGCGAACCUAUGGGACCUUGGCUUUUGUCCUCUCUCCCAUGAGAAUGUGGUUGGUGGCCCUGACCUCAGUUCUGAUUUAUAAAACCUGGACGUUUCAAUCAUCUGAGCUCAGAACUUACAUAGUAGAAAUGAAAAACUGUCAGAGUUUCUGAAAUACAAUACAGUAGUCAAAGUUCUUCAACUUAAAACUGUCCAAGAUGCAACCUAUUGUUUUAUGUUGCUGGAAUUCUGUACAGACCAACCAUGAAGUGGUAAGAUCUGAAGCUGCACUUGCAUUGCUGCAUAGCUGUAGUAAAUGUGUAACACAUGUAUUAUAUACAUGUGUUGUAUUAUACAUGUGCAGCAUACUGUGUAUACAUGUUAUAGAAUAGACAUUAAUACAGUGUGCAAUAAAUUAUGUAAUAAUCUCUUGUAUGUUUUUUAUGAUACAAAGCAGAUGUCUGUUGUGGAUCACCAGUGGAAAUGUUUACUUGUUACUACUUUGAAUGGAAAAUAUUUUUAAUUCUUGAUUUUUAUAAUGCUGGGAAAAAUGUGAAUAGAUCUUGAUAACAAGCUCCAGGAUUUGUGUGUAACUGCUUUUUAUUUUAAGAUUUGUGUAUAUUUCUAGAGGAUUAGAUGAGAUGUCUGUAUGAAUUAAUGUUUAUUGCAGAGGUGCUGUGUGGCCUUCACUGUAAAGAGUCCAAUGCUUACACACACUUUUCAGUUCAUAAUGAGCUAUAGGAGUUCUUUAUAGGCUGCUGGAUGUGUAAAUAUGUAUUUGUGUGUAUGUUCACCUGAGCCAUGGUCCUAAUCUUAUCCUGGGAUUGCUAGUUAAUUAAUGUGUUGGAAUUUCUCUGGAAGGAAAUAGUAGUUUUCCACUGUUGAGGUUGCUGAUUUUCCCUUAGUUGACUGCUGAAAGGACAGUAAAUGAUUGCCACUGGAAUUAACAAUUGUAGUCAAAAGUUCAGCUUUAAAGCAGAGAAUGGAGACAAUGUUCUCAGGCUGGAAGAGCCAAAAGGAAUCCCAUGGUCUAGUUGCUAUAUCCUUUCUAAGUGAGAGGAGUCAGGGCUGUGUUUCUGGGUCUCAGUGCCGACAAGUGACCUGGGAAAAUCAUUUCUUCAUUUUUGUUUUUCCUCCGUCUAAAAAUGAUGGAACACUUGCAUUUAGGAAGAACUUAAGAAUCUAGAGCCAGAAGACCUGAGUUGUCUUUACUAAUUACAAAUCUGUUCUGCCCUUCUCAACCCCUCUGGGAAACACAGGAGUAUUCUUUUACAAAAUUGCAAAUCAUGAAGUCCUUAAUUCUAACAAUGAUUCUUUGUUAUACCUUAAAGUGAUUGCUAAGCUUCUUGCCUCAGCUUCCCUGCCUUUAAAGAGAACACUGGCCUGCUUCAUAAGACUGAGUGGAACGUUUGAAGUACUUUAUGUAGUUUUACAGUAACUUAUUUAUGGUUUGUCAAGAAGAAGGAGGUAAACUUAUUUAUGUCACCUUAGAAAAGACAGCAACUGUAUUAUAGAAAUAUAAGAAAACAAUAAAUUAAAAGAAAAUGCUACAUAAAACUAAGACUUGUUAUAUCUAAAAUGAGAGCCUUUCUAAAUUCCCAUUCCUCUGUGAUUGACAAUAUAGGAGGAAAAAGAUACUAACAGCUCUUGUUUGUGUAAAUUAAAUACCCUGUUAAGAGAAUACUUUGCUUACCACAAUGUCAUUAGCUGCUGUGUAAAUCUGUUUUGCAAAACUGUUAGAAAAUCUAAGGCAGGGAACAACAGAGAAAAUGUAAUGACAAAUAUGGCAUUCUACAGUGUUGCUGGAAAUGCAAAUACUUUUAUUUGAUCAGAGAGCAUAUUAAAUGGCAAUAAAAUGCUUCGUACCUAUA